CCGCCCGCCCGCCGCUCCCGCUUCCGUCGCUGCGCCCGGCCGCGCUUUCGGUUUCACUUCUUCCGACUGUGGGCAGGGUGUUUCCCCAUGGUUUUCGUGUGCUGAGAAGCUAGUGCAGAGGUGGGAUGCUUCCAGACACAAAAGGAUAAAGCCCGCAGAGCUAAAACACCUAAAGAUGGUUCCAGAUUUCUUGCAGUGAAAAAAACAGGAAAAGGCAGUCCAUUGGGCCACGCUGGAAGUCAGCUAAAGAACCUGUUCUGUGACUGCGCAGUACAUUUUUCCGCCUUUCAAAUUUAAAGAUUGAAUGAUGCAAAACGCUAUUCUUUGGUGGAGCAGCUUAUAUGUCAGACUGAUGUUUGUCUUCUGGCCGUGUGCAUCAGCUGGAAAUCAAUGUCAUAUCCAAAAUGAAAUGGCUGACUGCAGUCACCUAAAGCUGACUCAAAUUCCCUCUGAUCUUCCAAAAAAUAUAACGAGUUUGGACAUUUCUCAUAAUCAGCUAAGACAGCUAGAUCCUGCAAAUCUGACCAAGUACAGCCAGCUGGUUUACUUGAAUGCAGGCUACAACAUCAUCUCUAAACUGCAACCAGAAUUGUGCCAAAAUGUGCCUCUGUUGCAGAUUCUGAAGUUAGAACAUAAUGAAUUGUGCAAGCUCCCUGACAGAGUCUUUGCUUCCUGCACCAACCUGACCGAGCUCAAUCUGGGAUACAACAGACUAAAUAUAAAAAAUGAUCCUUUCAAAACCUUGAAGAACUUGAAUAUUUUGGACCUAUCUCAUAAUUCUUUAAAGUCAGCCAAUUUAGGAUUGGAGCAACAGUUGGAGAAACUCCAUGAGCUCAUGUUGGGUGGCAACCAAAUCACUGAGUUGAAAAAAGAAGACUUCAGUUUUCUUCGUAACACCUCAUUGAAUAGCCUAGAUUUGUCAUCAAAUCCACUAAAAGAGUUUCAUACGGGAUGUUUCCAUACAAUUGGAAAUUUGUUUGGCCUCGUACUGAACAAAGUUGAACUUGGUGAAAAUCGCACAAAGAAACUUUGUACAGAAUUAUCAAACACAGAGAUUCGAAACCUCUCACUGAGCCGUGUGAAACUUUCCUACAUUGGCAAGUCAACUUUCCAGGGACUGCAAGGAACAAAUCUUACAAUUUUAAACCUUUCCCAAAAUUCUCUCUCACUCAUAGAAAAUGACUCAUUUCAGUGGCUUUCAAGUUUACAAUACUUAAACCUGAAGAUUAAUAAUAUUCAUGUAUCUUCACGUUUAUUUUAUGGAUUAUCCAGCCUUAAACAUUUGAAUCUCAUAAACUCACUUAGUGGGAAAAUUGAGGAUUUUUCUUUUCAUUGGCUGUACCACCUGGAGUACCUUAUAAUGGAUAAUAACAAUUUUCCAGGAAUUACUGCUAAUAUGUUCACAGGUCUGAACAACCUGAAAUAUCUGAGUCUCUGCAACUGCAACAUAAACUUACAAAGAAUAACUAAUAAAACAUUUUCAUCACUUACUAAUUCUAGCUUACAGGUUCUCAACCUCACAAAAACCAGAAUCUCUACAAUAGAAAGUGAGGCAUUUUCUUCCCUGGGACACCUGAAAAUUCUUGAUCUUGGUCUCAAUGAAAUUAGUCAACAGCUUACAGGUCAUGAGUUUAAAGGUCUCAAUAAUAUACAAGAUAUUUAUCUUUCCUAUAAUAAAAACUUGACUUUGCAAAGUGAAUCGUUCAUUUUUGUCCCAAGCCUUAGAAAACUGAUGCUGAGGAAGGUAGGCUGCAGUAAUCUGGAACUUUCUCCUUCACCUUUUCAUCAUCUACGAAACCUGACUGUCCUGGACAUCAGCAAUAACAACAUAGCAAACAUAAAAGAAGAUUUGUUUGAUGGACUUGACAAACUUGACAUCCUGGAUUUGCAGCACAAUAAUUUAGCCCGGCUUUGGAAACAUGCAAAUCCGGGUGGCCCUGUUCUUUUUUUAAAAGGUCUUCCCAAUUUGCGAAUUCUUAAUUUAAAAUCAAAUGGGCUUGAUGAAAUUCCAGUUCAGGUUUUCAAGGGUCUGUUUCAAUUAAAACACUUGGAUUUAGGAUCAAAUAAUUUGAAUUUGCUUCCAGCAACUCUGUUUGAUGACCAAGCCUCUCUGAAUUCAUUGAACCUUCAGAAAAAUCUGAUAACCUCAGUUGAAGAAAAAGUAUUUGGCCCACCUUUCAGGAGCUUGAGAAAACUUGAGAUGGAUUCCAAUCCCUUUGAUUGUACCUGUGAAAGCAUUGCUUGGUUUGCUGAUUGGCUUAAUGAGACCCAAGCAGAUAUACCUGGAUUGAGGUCCCAGUACAUUUGCAACACCCCACCUAAAUAUCAUGGUAGUCUGGUUUUGUAUUUUGAUAGUUCAGCCUGCAAAGACAGUGCUCCAUUUAAACUUCUUUUUGUGAUCUCUACCACUAUUGUAAUGGUGUUCAUUUUUGUUGUCCUUACCAUCCAUUUUGAAGGGUGGAGAAUAGCUUUCUACUGGAAUGUUUUAGUCAAUCGAAUUCUUGGUUUUAAAGAAUUUGAGAGACAUCAGGAACAGUAUGAUUAUGAUGCCUAUGUUAUUCAUGCAAGAGAGGACAAGAAUUGGGUGUCUAAAAAUUUCAUGUCUCUAGAAAAAAAUAACCACUUUGAAAUUAAGUUUUGUUUAGAAGAACGGGAUUUUGAAGCAGGUGUAUCUGAAUUUGAAGCCACAAUUAACAGCAUUAAAACGAGCAGGAAGAUUAUUUUUGUUGUGACUGAACACCUUUUACAGGAUCCCUGGUGUAAAAAUUUCAAGGUGUAUCAUGCUCUUCAGCAAGCUGUUGAACAAAGUCGGGACUCCAUCAUACUGAUCUUUCUUGAAGAUAUCCAAGAUUACAAGUUAUAUCAUGCACUUCACCUGAGAAGAGGAAUGUUCAGAUCUCGCUGCAUCUUGAACUGGCCAGCCCAGAAGGAAAGAAUCAGUGCAUUUCAUCAGCACUUAGUGAUGGCACUUAAAUGUCAAAGUAAAGUGCACUGAUUUUUGAACUAUAGAUUUGAAUUAUGGGGUCAUUUUAUUGUAUAUUUUCUACCACUGGAAAACUAGCAAGCCUUUCAUGAAGGUCUGAAAAAGUUUGUCACCCUGUAAAUAUAUGUAAGAGUCAAUAUAAUUUAAAUUUAUUUGUUUGUAUUAGUAUUUUUGCUCAUAUUUUAAUUCAACUGCACUGAAGUGAUGUUAAAAGGGAUCAUGGUGGAUAGUCAUUUCAAUCAGUGUAUUUAAGAUGUGGUAGAAAUUUUGAAAAGCAGUGAGAAUCACUGAUCUAUGAAAUGAUAUAGGGUAGAAAAGACAGACUCUCUAAGGGGAUAUACAAAAGAAAAUACUUUAAUGAUAAAACAGGAUAUUAUUUGUAGAAGGUAGAGUGGACACUACUUCUUGCUUUUGAAACAUGGGGAUUCAGUGCCUCCAGCUGGAAAGCUUUCCUUGUGAAACACAGUAAGUAACACAGAAAAUUAAUUCAAAACAAGAAUUUGCAGUUCAAAAGUGAGUUUCAAAGUGAGCAGUUUCGAAGUGAGUUUUAAAACCUUUGUUAUUAUGCCUUCUGGUGGGGCUAAUACUGGUUGCUAUCAAAAAGUGACUUUCAGGCUGAUGAGUCAAUUGAUUUAAUAAAUUUGGUAUCAGGAAAAAAUUUUGCUCUUCUCUGGUGAAAUUCAGAAAGCUGUCAGGACAUUAACACUGAGACAUGUCACCUUGAUUCUUAGAAUGCACACAAAACUGUAUGUGGGCCUGGACACAGAACUUGAAAUCAAUGUGAAGCAUGGAUAAGGCACAGCUACUGCACCUAUAUAAAAUAAAUAAAGGCACAGAUAUUUUUAUAAUAUAAUUUUUAUAAUAUUUAAUAAUAUAACAAAGACAACUUUGUGGAGAAAUUGGUGCUACUGCAAUUUCAUUACAAAAAAAUGUUACUGGUAAAGCAACAACAGCAAAAACAAAGAAAUAGUUUUAAAUAAUAUCAGAAACAUUAUUGCGACCACAAGUUAGAGGUGGAGUGGGAAAAAAAUUUCAAAACUAGAUUAAUUUUAAUUUUUUUUGUUUCCUUUUAUUCCUUUUAGCCUUUGAUAGCUAAAAAGAAAACUGUAAAAAAAAAAAAAACAGACAGAAUUCUGUAGUUUAUUUCUUGCAUAUUAAGCUAGUUUGAUUUUUUCCUGAAUAUAUUUUACAGGAAUGUGGGCUAGAUGGCAAUUGCCAGGGCAUUAAGGUUCAAACGUAUGGGCUAGCAGCUUGAUCUGGAGAGACCUGAGGCUGAGCAAAAUGGGCUUUGCAAGAGUGUUUAUAAUGUUUAACACUGGCUAAAAUUUUAUGGUGAAUCUGAGCACAAGUGAUUGUAAAUUAGACACAAGACAGUCAUUUGUAUAUUUUUGUUAAUAUUUAAUUGCUGCUGCAAGGACCUUUAAAAACUGUCAGCUUUUAGUAAGUCUGUGAUCCUUCAAUAGCUCAGGAAUAUUUUUAAAUGUCUUUUUCCCCCUAGCAUUUCCCUCAUCGACUUCAAUACCACUAUUGCUACAAGAAUGCUAUUUUACUGCUUUAGAGAACAGUUCUAUACUUCACAUUUUAAACAGCUUUUCUCAUUUGCUAUAUGUGUAGAUGAAAAAUUGGGUUUUAAUAGGUUUUCUAUGUCCCAUGAUGAUAAAAACUGAAACAAAACAAAUAAUUAGUGAAAUAGGAUUUUUCAUGCACUGGAAUAGUGAAGGGGGUGUGCUCGGGAAGUUCGACUGAAAACAAAACAGGCUUUGUUUACAGCUGAAGUGAUAGAUGAUGAUUCCUUAAUUACAGUAAUAGGAUUAUCUCCAUUGUGAUUCUUUCAUCUCAUCUUUCUGACCUUUUCAGGCGAAGUGACAAAUUCUUUCUUCAUGCUUAGGCCAUGAAAGUUGAGGAGGCAAGUUGGUAAUUAUGGUGUGCCAGGUAUGCACCAUGUCAAUUGUUUGUUCUAUUAUUUAAAGACUAAUGUGUGACAGGGUUCCUUUCCUAAAUCUGCGAUGACACAUACCAGCAGAAUUUCUCUUUCCACAUCAAUAUAAAUUGUUUAGAAAAUGCUAGUAGUUCACAUUGAUAUUAUUGGUAUUCACAUGGAUAUUAAAAAUGACAUAAAGAUGAAGAGAGCACAUGGAGAAAUUCUGCAGUGAAAUGUGAUACAAGAGGUCAGACUAGAUUAUUUAAUGGUCUUUUCUGACCCUUAGAGCCUGACAAAUGGCAGGAUGUCUAAAUUCUUAAAGUUGUUUCUAUUUACGACAAAAGCCCCCAAAAUUGGUUUCAGAACAGUGAGAAAAAUCUUAUAAAUGCUUAGUUUUGUAAUACAGCUAGGAAUACAAACAAGAAGUAUGUGAUGAUGAAUGAAAAAUCCCUUUAAAUUAUAAAAAAAUACGAUUAAUACAUUCUAAACCUCUUAGUUCCUAGAUUCAGUUUAAAAUAAUUACCACAGUAAAAGACAUUAUAAAGGUUCCCAGUGUAUAAAAUAAAAAAAAAGGUUCAUAAUGUAUAAAAAAAAGGCACAGAAGUAAAAAUCACAGGGCCAGUUGUAAUCAUCAGUUACACCAGACCUAAAAUUUCCCUGUUUUUCUGCAAGUUACUUACUUCUGGUCUGCUCCUGUAGAUUUGUUUGACAAUUUUAUUGAGAAUAAAUAAAUGGUUUACCAUG